UCAGUUUGUUUCCCCCUACUCUUUCUACAUUUACAUUACAAUUACAUGAAACACCGAAAAGCCCUCCUAUUCACAUGAAAAACAUUCCUUACUUGCUAUUAUUUGUAAACUACCUACCUACCUGCCUGCCUACCCAUUAUUUACUUGUGUUCUACAAGGACCAGUCGUAUCCUAACCCAAAGAAUUCGUGUGCCAACCGUUAUUCGCUUGUGAAACACUCAGUGCUUUCUUAAUUUAAGUAAUUCAAAAAGAGAAAUUCGUGUCAUACAAUAAUAUUCACAAUGAGUUAUCCAGGAGGUUAUCCAUCCCAUCAACAGGCUCCGAAUCCGGCACCUGGUAUGCCAGCUCCUUAUCCCAGCGGAGGACCAUCGCAUCCACCCUACCCUACUGGCGCGCCUACCUACCCUCCUCAAGGAGGAGUUUUUCCCCCUAGUCUAGGGUUUAGUGCGGGAGCGCCAAUGUACAUGCCAAUGCCAAGCUACCCUCCACCAUCCCAACCUUCCGCACCAUCCGAACCAUCAUCAGGUCCAGGAUAUCCGCCAUCAACAUAUUCCCAACCUGGAUACCCUCUUACCAAUUCAGGUCCUGGAUAUCCCCCCAGCAAUGCAGGUUCUAGGUAUCCUCCUAGCAAAGCAGGUUCAGGAUAUCCUCCUAGCAGUGCAGGUUCUGGGUAUCCUCCUAGCAGUGCAGGUUCAGGAUAUCCUUCUAGCAAUGCAGGUUCUGGGUAUCCUCCUAGCAGUGCAGGUUCAGGAUAUCCUCCUAGCAGUGCUGGAUCAGGAUAUCCUCCUUCAAGACCGCAAGCAAGUUAUCCAUCUGCAGGACAUAGUCCUGGAUAUCCAACUUCCCACUCUGAUUCGCCUUACCCUUCAUCUAACACUCACUCAGGAUCUUUUGGUUCAAGUUCUGGCUAUCCUGCUGCUUCUUCAGGACAUGGUUAUUCGCAUUCUAGUUCCGGUUAUCCUUCUCAUUCUAAUAAUCCGUCAAAAAUGUACCCCACAAUCUCCCCAAUUUUAUCGAAUGAUCAAAGUACACAGGUGGUUAGGGAAAAGAGGUCCCCCACAGUUCUGCCUGCAAAUCCCUUCGAUCCACGGGGAGAUGCCGAGAUCCUCCGAAGGGCUAUGAAAGGCUUUGGAACAGACGAAAAAGCCAUCAUAAAUGUUCUAACCAAAAGAACAAACGCACAGAGACUUGAAAUUGCACUACAAUUUAAAACUAUGUACGGAAAGGACUUAAUCAAAAAUUUGAAAAGCGAACUAAGCGGGAACUUUGAAAACGUGAUUGUGGCUAUGAUGACACCCUUGCCCCAGUUUUACGCAAGCGAACUACAUGAUGCAAUUUCUGGCAUUGGUACCGAUGAAGACACUCUCAUUGAAGUUCUUUGUACACUAAGUAACAGCGAGAUCAGAACUAUACGUAAUGCAUAUGAAUCCAUGUAUGGACGAUCAUUAGAAGAGGAUUUGAAGGGUGACACAGGAGGAAACUUCAAGAGGUUAAUGGUAUCCUUGUGUAAUGCUUCAAGGGAUGAAAGUGGAGUUGUUAAUCAAGCAACUGCUGCAAACGAUGCAAGAGAACUUCUUCAGGCAGGAGAACUAAGAUUUGGUACCGACGAAUCCACAUUUAAUAUGGUUUUGUGCCAAAGAAAUUACAAUCAAUUACGCGCUACUUUCAACGAAUACCAUAACAUCACUGGCCAUGAUAUAGAGGAGGCAAUCAAGAACGAAUUUUCAGGAGAUAUAAAACAAGGACUUUUAGCCAUUAUAAGAGCUGUACGAAACUUGCCAGGAUUCUUCGCAAAACGCUUACAUGCCAGCAUGGCUGGGAUGGGAACAAAUGACAGACAAUUGAUAAGAAUUGUUGUGACAAGAAGUGAAAUCGAUAUGGGAGAUAUUAAACAACAAUAUAUCGCGCAAUAUGGAAAAACGUUAGCUGAUGCUAUAAAGGGUGACUGUUCGGGAGACUACAAAAAAUGCCUUCUGGCCCUCAUAGGGGACUACUAAAAAUUCGCCCAUAUUUUGCCUAACUUAAGAUCUGAUACGUUUAAAUUCUUCAACGCUUCUUACGAAUAAUGUAUUUACUCGAAAACAUAUACACACAUUUACAAAAUAAAAAUAUUUUUUAAUCGUAUUACUUAUACUUAAGUGUCCAAUUUAUAUUGUCCUAUGUGGUUAAUUGUAAUGACAAUUUCGUCUACAACAAGCAUAAGUGCUAUUGUUGUAUAUUUUAAUAUACCGAAUUUUUUAUUGUUAUAUAUAGUACAAAAUGUUCUGUAAUAAA